AUGGGUCUUUUCAAGAAAUCCGAUGGCGAUGAUGACUCUAACCGCCGAGCACUCUUUGGCUCGCGGAAGAAGGACAAGAGCCCAUCGACCCCCUCAAACCCUUACGCCCAACCAAUUCCGGUAGACCCAUACACUAAAGCCAAAAUUGGCGCAGGUGUUGCCCCCUUACCUGCCGACCACCCAGCCGCCAACGGCGGCUCCGCGGCGCAGAGCCCCCACAACAUCCCCUCGGACAACAAGUACUCCGCCAACAGAUACGGAAACCAAGGUGGCUACGGAAGUGAUCGAUUCGGCGGAUCCGGCGCAGGCGCCGGCUCCCCGGCCUCGGGCUCCCGGUAUGGAAGCGGUGGCUACGGAGGUUUGGGGGGCGGCGAUCCCAAUGACCCCGCGGCUGCAGAUUCCGCUCGCAACGAGCUAUUCGGUGGCGCCAACAAGAACAAGAACCGGUCACCGGACAACUCGGCCGGUUCGCCACCACCGUACUCCGAGGGUCAAAAUGGUCAAGGACAGAACAACUACGGUGGCGGCAGCAACGAAUACAGCAUGGCAACCUUCCAGGAUCGACAGCUAACAGCCGAAGAAGAGGAGGAGGAGGAAGUUCAGGCGACGAAAAACGAGAUGCGCUUCGUGAAGCAGGGUGAUGUGGCGUCGACACGGAAUGCACUCCGGGCUGCUGCGCAGGCAGAAGAAACCGGUCGUGCCACUCUGGCCCGACUCGGUGCGCAGGGCGAGUCAGUCCACGACACGGAGAAGAGCUUGGACAUGACGAGCAUCGAAGGCCGUAUCGCCGAAGACAAGGCAAAGGAGCUCAAGACCCUCAACAAGAGCAUGUUCGCCGUGCACGUAUCGAACCCGUUCACGGCAUCGCGCCGCCGGCGCGACCGCGAUGAGAAGAUUCUCAAUACACACCGCGAGGAUCGUGAUGUCCGCGAGGGCACACGGUCGGAGGCGCACGCGACUAAUCAGCGCAUGGACCGGGUGUUCCGUGAUAUUGACCGCGAUGCGGCGAAACAGGGCAAGGGCAAGAAGGCGAGUGUGACCGAGCGUGCCAAGUACCAAUUCGAGGCGGAUAGCGAAGAUGAGGGCAUGGAGGACGAGAUCGAGCAGAACUUGGAUCUGCUCAGUGGUGCUACUGGUCGGUUGAACGGUCUUGCCUUGGCCACUGGAAAAGAGCUGGACGAGCAGAACAGGCAUCUCGAGCGUAUCAUGGGCAAGUCGACAACACCGAGCAGCACAAGCAUCCCUUAUCGACAUGCCAAGCUACACCGAACAGGACUUCACUGCAGAUCUCCAGCGCAUGACAGGGAACCGCACCGACCCUGCGCUAUCAGCAGCUCUAGUCCACGACUCCCGCGCCGCCGUCGGCUGGCUAGCCGCCAACGGCGUCCGCUUCCAGCUCUCCUUCAACCGCCAGGCCUACAAGUCAACGGCAGGAUCAAGUUUUGGGGUGGACUCGCGUUAAAAACUCAAGACUGCGGAAAGGGUCUUGUCGAGGAUGAGUUACGCGCGGUCACAAACGCCGGCGUGGAUGUGUUCUUCGACACGGUUGCUCCAGCGGUGGUGACUGACCCGACGAGUGGUGCUGUUGUUGGCGUUGAAGUUGUCAACAGCGAUAGCAGUACUAACGCACAUAAUAAAAUCACCAUCGCUGUCGGCGCCGUCAUUCUCGCUGCAAGCGGUUUCGAGGCAAAUCCGCAGCUUCCUGCGCAGUGGCUCGGUCCUGGGUGGGAUUGUGCACGCGUGCGUGGCACACCGUAUAAUACCGGUGAGAUGCUACAGAUUGCGCAGCGGGACGUGUCGGCUAAGACGGCGGGGAACUGGAGUGGAUGCCAUUGUGUGGCGUGGGAUGCGGAUGCGCCGUUGGAUUCUGGGAACCGGGAAGUUUCGAAUGAGUAUACGAAGAGUGGGUACCCGCUGGGGAUUAUGGUGAAUCGGGAUGGGAAGCAGUUUGUUGAUGAAGGCUCCGAUAUGCGGAACUAUACGUAUGCGAUGAUUGGGCGGCGGGUGCUUCAGCAGCCUGGGCAGGUUGCAUUCCAGGUUUGGGAUGCGCGAACUGUGGCGUGGCUGCGUGAGGAGUAUCGUGGUGAGGUGGUUCGGCGCAUUGAGGGAGCAUCGUUGGAGGAGCUUGCGGAGAAGUGUGUGGAGGUUGGACUUGUUGAUCCUAGACGCUUCAUGGAGAGUGUUAAGGAGUAUAGUGCUUCUAUCGAGGGUGAGGAUGGGCAGAAGAGGUGGGAUCCUGCUAUUAAGGAUGGGCUUGUUGCUAAGGGGCUGCCUGUUCCUAAGUCGAAUUGGGCUUUGCCUAUUCACAAGCCGCUUUUCCUGGCUGUCAAGGUCACGGCAGGCAUCACGUUCACUUUUGGUGGAUUGGCUGUGAAUCCUGGAACUGCGGCAGUCAUUUCAGAGACGACAAGUGAUGAGGUUCCUGGAUUGUAUUGUCUGGGUGAGAUGCUUGGAGGCAUCUUCUACGAUAACUACCCUGGUGGAAGUGGAUUGACUUCUGGGACUGUCUUUGGGCGUCGUGCUGGUCGAGCAGCAGCGGAGCGAGCUGCGAAGAGUGGAAGACUAAACGGUUGUCAGGAGAGUAGAUAA